AUGGGCGAUGCUGAUGAUGCCCAGUUCAACGGAAUUGAGGUCUCAUUGCAAGUAUUCCCAGCGAUUCAAUACUUGAUGUGCUUUUUCCACGUCAUGCAGAAGUGCUGGGAACAUGGCCGCCAAAUGAAGUGGAGCGAGUGGGACGCGGUUACAGAGGACAUUUACUUCUUGCACAUGUCUUCGAGCCGCGACAUGUUGGAUGUAAGAAUGCGCAAUGUCCACAUCAAAUGGGGACAAGGAAGCCUACCCCCCCUUCUAAAUAACGACCAAGUUGCGAUUGGAUCAAGAUUUUGGAAGUGGCAGAUCUUCCACAGCGCACAAGAGACUGCACUGACAAACAAUCCAAACGAGCAGUACAGUGCAACGAUAAAAAGCGUGCUGAAGCGACGAAAACUGCACAUUCCACACCUCCUCCAAACCUUCGCCACACUCUUACGCAAGGAAAGCGAAAGAAACACCACAAUCGCACUGGCUCCGAAGGUCAACGAGCGGCUCCGACGUCACUACGCGAUGCUUAUGAAGCAAGGACGGCUCCGACUUCGAAGCGCAGGACCUGCAUUGUUGGGCCUAUGGAAUGUCAAGCAUCUUGCACGUGCUCACGACGCUGAUGACGACGAUGAAGAGGAAUAUUUCAGACGCGACCUUCGAGUGUUUGUGGAUAUUGGCAGCGCAGUGGUAUUUGCGUUCACGUCAUCGCUGUGA